CUGAAAACAAAGACUGACCAGUUUGGUUUUGUGUCUUGUCAAACUCAAGUUUCUGAUCCAAACCCCUCUUCCCCAAAAAUAUUCAAAAAUAAAUAAAUUAAUUAAAUUCAAAAAAAAUAACCAAAUCGCGAAAAUCGAUGGCAAUGGCGGCAGAAAUAGAAAACUCCCCAUCAAACUCACAAAGCUCUUCAACUCAUCCUCCUCCUCCCUCCUCUCCCAAGAAAGAACGAGGAGAAGAAGAUUUUACGGCCAUGGAUACCGAUGCUUCUGCUCUGCCCGACAACAAGCCUCUCAUGUCUCACAGCCUUCAGUGCUUCACUCCUGAGGAAAUUACAAAGUAUGAUAAGUAUGAAGCUGAUUAUGCUAGUUAUUUGAGGGCAAAAUACUUCUCCGAGAAGGAUGUCUACGGAGGUGAUAUUUUUGACCUCACAGUCACAGUAGGCAAUGAAACCGUAAAAGCAAGCAGGCGGUCUCCGACUCAAUCAUUUGCCAAUCCCGCGCAGAGUUUUGUAGAUUAUGGUAGUGCUUUGGGUUCUAGGGAAGAAACGCCUUCUGCGUCUGGGGCUGAAACAGCUUCAAAUAUUGCAAAUGGCAAUGUAACACCAAUUAAGAAGACCAGUUGAUGCUUACUUGGUUAGAAUAUCUACUGCUUUUGUAAUUUUAUGUUUAUUCAUGUAAAAACGUAGAGGACGACCGAUUUAUUAUAAAAGGGGUAAAAUCAGUUGGCAAUUUACAA